AUGGCUCUUUUUAGAGAUUCAUUAGGAAAAAUAAUUUCUAAUCCACUGGUGAAGAUAAGUAUUCUUAUAAUCUACAUCGUUAACUUAUCACUUGGAAUUUGGGGCACAUUUUACAUCCAACACGGCAUUAAGUAUGAAAAGUUAUUUGCAAAAGAUUCUGUACUUACAGAAGGAUACAGAAUUAAUUUGAAGUACUUCAAGCGUCAUUCGUAUCCCUAUCAUAUAAUAAUCAAUGAAACGUUGGAUUAUUCAGACAUUAAAGUUCAAAAAUCGUUAGAAAAUCUGUUGGAAAAAUUCCAAAUGCAUCCCAACAUUGCUGAUGGACAAUUCACUUUAUCUUGGUUGAAAUUCUACAAAGUAUUUCAGAAAAAUCCCAUAGCCAAAUUUUCAUUACAAGGUUACAAUAUGUCAAACAAACAAGAUUUCAUCGAUGGGCUUCGCAAUGUUUUCUUUAACAUCAAAGCUGCCCAGUCAUUUUCCAAUGACGUCGUCUUUAACAGCAACAAAACUGACAUCUUAUACAGUAGAUUUUUUGUUAUGGGACGAAAUGUCAAUUCAUCAGACAUAGAAAGAGACACAUUAAGAGAUUUAUUGAAAAUUGCUGACGAAUCUGACAUUCCUGUGCUGGUGCAUUGCAUUAAGUCAAAUCUAAUUGAACAAGGAAUCAUAAUUGGACAAAUGGUUUACCAAUUGUUUUGGAUUACUGCAACACUGAUAACAGCAGUCUUUUUAUUGUUUGUACCAAAUUUAUUAGUGGCAAUUAUUGUUGCAAUUUCUGUGGUUUCUUUAAUAGUAGAAACUUUAGGUUACAUGUCUUUAUGGGAUGUCAACUUGGAUAUUAUAUCAUUGAUGAGUCUGAUUCUGUGUGUGGGAUUCAGCGUGAAUUAUCCUGCUCAUAUUUCGUACGCUUAUGUCAUGUCACAACGCAAGACACCAAACGAAAAAUUAAAAGAUUCUCUGUAUCGUAUAGGCUUUCCAAUACUUCAAGGAUCUUUGACCACGGGAUUAGGAAUAUUGAUUUUAUAUUCUGAUGUAUAUUUUCUUUGCACAUUUGCGAAAAUUGUGAUUCUUGUUGCUCUGGAAACGGCUUUUCAUGCCUUAUUCUUUAUUCCUGUUAUUCUUUCUAUCAUCUACGCUAUAUCCGAUAAGACAAAAACAAUUUUUUGUUAA